GCGGCCAGGAUGAUGAAUCAUACCACCAGCUCCGAGGAUAAUUAUGAGUAUGAUUACGAACUUUACCAUGAUCUUCCGGAUGUCCCCGUAGACUGCCUAGAUGGGAGUUGCUUCUCUAGUGAUUUCUACCUCAUAACCCUGCUUCUGUUGUAUGCAGCCAUCUUCCUGGUGGGUGUGCCAGGCAACACCAUGGUGGCUUGGGUGACCUGGAAAGAGUCCCGCCACAGGCUUGGGACCUCUUGGUUCCUGCACCUGGCCGUAGCUGACUUGCUUUGCUGUGUGUCUCUGCCCUUCCUGGCUGUGCCCAUUGCCCAAAAGGGUCACUGGCCGUAUGGGGCAGCAGGCUGCUGGCUGCUGCCCUCGGUUACGGUCCUGUCUAUGUAUGCAAGCGUGCUGCUCCUGACCGCCCUCAGCGCUGACCUCUUCCUACUGGCUUUCAGGCCCUCCUGGAAGGCGUCUGAUCACCGGACGCUCGGGGUGCGGGUGGCCCAGGUCUCUUCCUGGAUGUUGGCCCUGCUGCUGACGGUACCCUCAGCUGUUUACCAUAGGCUGCUUCGGGAGCACUUCCCUUCUCGGCUUGUGUGUGGCAUCGACUAUGGGCGAUCGGUGGCUGCAGAGGCCACCAUCACCGCCGUUCGACUUCUCUUUGGCUUUCUGGGGCCAUUGGUGUUUAUGGCCAGUGGCCACAGCAUCCUCCAACGGCAAUUGACCCGCCGUCACUGGCCACUGGGCACAGCUGUCGUGGUGGGGUUUUUCAUCUGCUGGACCCCUUACCACAUCCUGAGGGUCAUAAUCGCUGUGGCUGAGCCUUCCUCCUCAUUCCUGGCCCGGGUCUUGGAGGCUGAGCCUCUGGUUACAGGCCUGGCCCUCGCUCACAGCGCUAUCAAUCCUAUCAUGUUUUUGUACUUCGGAAGGAAACAGCUCUGCCAGUCACUCCAGGCUGCCUGUCGCUGGGCCCUGAGGGAUCCACAGGAUGAGGAAAAUGUGGUGAGCAAGGUGUCCACCAGCCACGAGGUGACGUCUGAGAUGGCGGUGUAGGCAAGAGGGCUUUGAAUUUCCUAGGCCGUUGCACAACGGUGCAGCUUCAGGCAUAGCUGGAUCCAGGAGCUCAGGGACUGCUUUUGUUCUUCAUUCAACAAACAUUCAUUGUGCACUUGCUUGUGCAAAUAAGCCUGAUAGACAGGCGCUGGGUGUGGCCACGGCUGGAACCAAUUCCUGCCCCGAGGAAGAAUGAGCACUUUGCCGCAGAAGACAGAUAGGAAGCAGUUGAAGGAAUAUGGAAUACGUCAAGGGUGAGAUGUUCCAUAGAACUAAAGAAGGUGCUAAGGAGAAGGCUCAAAUGGCCUGCUGUACAAACAAGAGGACCCGGGUUGGAGCCUCAGCCCCUACACAAGAGCUGGGUAUGGCAGUGUGCCUAUAACCCCAGCACUGAGGGAACUGGUGGGUCCUGGGGGGUCCUCUAGCCAACCUGUCUAGCCCAAUAAACAAGCUCCAGGGAGAGACCCUGUCUCAAGAAACAGAGUGGAGCAGGCCUGAUGGUGAUCCCUUUAAUGACAGCGUUUGGGAGGCAGAGGCAGGAGGAUCUCUGAUUUUUAGGCUAUCCUGAUCUACAUAGUGAGUUCCAGGUGGGGAGCACUAGAUGAAGAUAUCCAACCUUGGCCUUAGGCC